UAGGUGGUUGUGGCCACCGUGCCCAGGGGGAGGCGGCAGCAAGCGGUGGAGGCAAAUGAUGCCUGGGAAACUCCUCUGGGGGGACAUUAUGGAGCUGGAGGCACCCUUGGAGGAGACCGAGAGCCAGAGGAAGGAGAGGCAAAAGGGUUGUUAUGAAGAUUUAAACAAGAUAAGCUGAAAACAUUUUACACAGUGCUGGAGUGAUAGAAGGAAGUCAAGGCACCAUUAUGACUCAGAUGAGAAAUCAGAAACAAGAGAAAAUGGUGUUACAGAUGACUUGGAUGCUCCCAAACCCAAAAAAGCUAAAAUGAAAGAGAAGCUAAAUGGUGACACCGAGGAAGGAUGUGAUAGACUUUCAGAUGAAUUUUCUAAAUCUCAUAAGCCAAGAAGAAAAGAUCUAUCAAAUGGAGAUAUUGAUGAACAUGAAAAAAAAUCAAAGCGAGUGUCAUCUUUAAAUAGUUCUACUCAUAAAUCAAAUGAUAAUAAACUAGAAGAGACCCUAACACGUGAACAGAAAGAAGGAGCCUUCUCCAAUUUCCCUAUUUCUGAAGAGACUAUAAAGCUUCUGAAAGGUCGAGGGGUAACAUAUCUCUUUCCUAUUCAAGUUAAGACUUUUGGUCCUGUAUAUGAAGGAAAAGAUUUAAUUGCUCAAGCGCGGACAGGAACAGGAAAGACAUUCUCUUUUGCCAUCCCGUUGAUUGAAAGACUCCAAAGAAAUCAAGAGACAAUUAAAAAAAGCCGCUCACCAAAGGUACUUGUUUUGGCUCCUACAAGGGAACUGGCAAACCAAGUAGCCAAAGACUUCAAAGAUAUAACUAGGAAACUCAGUGUGGCGUGUUUUUAUGGCGGAACAUCGUAUCAAAGCCAAAUUAAUCAUAUUCGAAAUGGUAUUGACAUCUUGGUUGGGACCCCAGGUCGUAUCAAAGACCAUCUGCAGAGCGGCCGAUUAGAUCUUUCUAAACUGCGCCACGUUGUGCUUGAUGAAGUGGAUCAAAUGUUAGAUUUAGGUUUUGCUGAACAAGUUGAAGACAUUCUCCAUGAGUCCUACAAAACUGAUUCUGAAGACAAUCCUCAGACUUUACUUUUUUCAGCAACUUGCCCACAGUGGGUAUACAAAGUUGCAAAAAAAUACAUGAAAUCCAGAUAUGAACAGGUUGACCUUGUUGGGAAAAUGACUCAAAAGGCUGCAACUACUGUAGAACAUUUGGCCAUCCAGUGCCACUGGUCUCAGAGACCAGCAGUUAUUGGAGAUGUCCUUCAAGUCUACAGUGGGUCUGAAGGGAGGGCUAUUAUCUUCUGUGAGACCAAAAAGAAUGUAACUGAAAUGGCCAUGAAUCCACACAUAAAACAGAAUGCCCAGUGUUUACAUGGGGACAUCGCUCAGUCACAAAGAGAAAUUACACUGAAAGGCUUCAGAGAGGGUAGUUUUAAAGUUUUGGUGGCAACCAAUGUGGCUGCCCGUGGUUUGGACAUUCCUGAGGUUGACCUGGUGAUUCAGAGUUCACCUCCACAGGAUGUUGAGUCCUAUAUUCAUCGCUCUGGACGCACAGGUCGAGCUGGCCGGACAGGGAUCUGCAUAUGUUUUUAUCAACCGAGAGAAAGAGGUCAAUUACGAUAUAUGGAACAAAAAGCAGGAAUUACUUUUAAACGUGUAGGUGUUCCUUCUACAAUGGAUUUAGUUAAAUCUAAAAGCAUGGAUGCCAUCAGGUCUUUGGCUUCCGUUUCUUAUGCUGCUGAUGAUUUUUUCCGACCAUCAGCUCAGAGACUGAUAGAAGAGAAAGGGGCAGUGGAUGCAUUGGCUGCAGCAUUAGCCCACAUCUCUGGCGCAUCGAGUUUUGAACCACGAUCUUUGAUCACCUCUGAUAAGGGGUUUGUGACCAUGACUCUGGAAAGCCCAGAAGAAAUACAGGAUGUCAGCUGUGCUUGGAAAGAACUUAACAGAAAGCUGAGUAGUAAUGCUGUGUCCCAAAUUACCAGAAUGUGCCUCCUAAAAGGAAAUAUGGGUGUUUGCUUUGAUGUUCCCACAACUGAAUCAGAAAGGUUACAGGCAGAGUGGCAUGAUUCAGACUGGAUACUCUCAGUGCCAGCCAAGUUGCCUGAAAUUGAAGAAUAUUAUGAUGGAAACACAUCUUCUAAUUCCAGACAGAGGAGUGGUUGGCCAAGUGGCCGGUCAGGCCGGUCGGGCCGGCCAGGUGGUCGAUCCGGUGGCCGGUCAGGUAGACAGAGUCGGCAGGGGAGUCGGUCAGGAAGUCGACAAGAUGGUAGAAGACGAAGUGGGAAUAGAAAUCGAUCAAGAAGUGGGGGCCACAAACGGAGUUUUGACUGAGAUAGUUAAUCUACCAGUGUGAGCUUGCCUGUUUCUGCAUAAUCAUGUACAUUAUCAACCAAAAAUUAGGUCAACAUAGCUGAAGUCUGUGUCUGCUAUUUGGAAAGAAGUUGGUUGUAUUUUUUUAAAAAGUAUUUCACAAGAAUGGUUGUAAACAAAUCUACUUAUCCAGUUAUACCUUUGAAUAAAAAAACCUCCUUUUAUUGUCAAAAA